AUGCAAAGCGAUUCUGUGAGCCGGACACAGGAUGCUGGUCAGCUUGACGCUCCUCGCCAAACUCCUACAUUUUUGUCCGCCAACCCGAACUCAAAUUCCGACGAAGCUAGUGAAUUACCGCCAGCUGCUGUGGAACAAGUCCAACACCAAUACCCCUAUCAACCUGGCCCCUUGCAGCAAACCCCAGCGCAAGCUACGAUGGCAUACCAACAACCGCAGGGCCACCAAGAGGCUUUCGACCUAGCUCCGAUGAAUAACACGUUGCUCGCCAUUAAUUACCGACCACAGUAUUCAACUCAAUAUCUUCAAGGCCAUAGCCAACCAUUUAGCUCAACCACAUCACCGCCCAUGGCUCAUCAAAUGACCCCUAUGCCACAGUAUGGUGGUGCAGCCAUUCCGAUGCCAAACCAAGCAUAUUAUGUCCAACAACAGCAGAUCCCUCAAUACUAUUCAACCAGUCACCUAUCUCAGGUCCAACACCCAAUACCGGUGCAGGGACGCCAGGAUAUGGUUUACUAUCACAACCAGAUGUUGAUGAGUCCUGCUCAAACGAGCUUCUACUAUCCCCACAAUGGCCAGUAUUCAGGCCAUCCACCAGCAAUGCCUACAAUGGUAUCGGGAGUAUUUGUAGAUGGUGUUUCGAAAUCUCAAUCUCGCAGUCCUCCGCAUCAGGCGAAUGGAAAUGUUGCUGCUAGAAGACCAUACGACCAAGACGCGCCUUCAGCAACGCAGAAUACAGUCCGGGGCCCUCCAAGAAAACCGCGACAGAGCGGCCACGCUCUUUGGAUCGGUAACCUACCACCUCAGACCAACCUAAUGGCCUUGGUUCAUCACGUGUACCAAGUAACACCCGGAAUGGAAUCUUUAUUCCUGAUUUCCAAGAGCAAUUGUGCCUUCGCCAAUUUUAAAGAUGAGUCUGCUUGCUCCACUGCACAACAAAAUCUACACGAUUCCAAAUUCCAGUCUGUCCGACUCGUCAGCCGAUUACGAAAAAGUGCAGUUGAGGGUUCCACAGGUAGCACCGUGCCUACUGGUCCUGCUGUUAAUUCGACGCCAUCAAAAACACAGGGAGGCAUUGACAUAGAGAGUGUUAAUGAUGACUCGGAGAAAAAGAAUCCUCCUACAGAGUCAGAACUUGUUGCCAAACUCGCUUUACCAGUGGCCAGGCGCGAUAGUAAAUCUCACCAGUACGAGGACAAAUUCUUCGUCUUAAAGAGCUUGACAACGGAAGAUUUGGAUCUAAGUGUGCAAACCGGUAUUUGGGCGACGCAAUCACACAACGAGAACAACCUCAAUGAUGCGUUUCAGGCAAGUCGGCCGAUAAGUGAACUAGGACUUGAUAUAUCUAAUAAAUCAGGCGAGUAUUUCGGAUACGCACGUAUGAUUUCCGAAAUCAACGAAGAUCCUGCCGCCGCAAUCAAGUUCGCACCAAAAGUUGCAUCUACUGCCAAUGUCGAUCUUCCGAUAGCGAUUCCCACAGAUGCCACUGAGCAUGCCCCCAGGGGCAAAAUCAUAGAUGAUUCCGCACGAGGCACAAUAUUCUGGGAGGCGGAACGAGACGAUUCUGAAACCGAAUCUGAUAUGGAGAGCGAAAGCACAAGUGACAACGCCAAUGGUACAGAAGAUGAAACAAAGACAUGGGGAAAGCCAUUCAAGUUAGAAUGGCUCUCCACCAGUCGUCUUCCCUUCUUCCGAACUAGGGGUUUGCGGAACCCUUGGAAUUCAAACCGAGAGGUCAAAAUCGCUAGAGACGGCACCGAGCUAGAGCCGGCUGUUGGGCGAAGGUUAAUUGGUCUGUUCAACCGCGUACAGAAUCCAACCAUUGUUGCAACUUCUGCACGUGCACAAAUGAACUUUGCGCCUGGAUAUCCAAUGAUGCGACCAUAUUAA